AUGAACCUGCCUCCUAUUCUUCUUUACAGGACUGUUCGAGUGGCAGUACGACGACCCGAUGGAUCCCUUGUGACGACGGAAGGCGAAGAACAACAAGUCUUAUACAUCCAGCAGGACGGUAUCAUCGGUGGAACGGGUCAAGUCGCAUUCCAUCUGAUGCAAUAUGAUAUGAUGAGCAUUCGAACAGAGAUCAUCCGCUUCUCCAUCUAUCCCGUCUGUAACUACGUUUGGAAGUUCAAAACUGAUGACUGGAAAUUGCAAGUGAAGUUUACGUCUCCAUGGCAGCCCUUUGCGCAACUAGCUUGGAGUCCAUCCCCGGAAGGAUAUUGCUGUACCGCAUGGACCUACUUUGCUUGGGCACCUGGCGACGUAGCCGUGCGAAUGGGCCCAUCAGGUCUGGUAGUAGGAUACGCCAGUCAAACCCUCACUGGUGGCCACGGCUCGCCCAUCGCUUGUUCAAUCGAUAUCCUGCAUAUCACUGAACAUGACCGGAUUGUCAUUUUCCAGCCAGAAAAUCCGACCUUGGCUCCUGUUCUUUCCCAGGCAUUCUCAAAUUCAGCCACCGAAUGGGAUAUAGAGCCGAGUCCGCACUACUUUGAAGGCAUCACGACGACAGGGUUGAACCCGUCCAGUACCCUAGAUAUGGCUGUGUCAGUUGAGGACAGAACUCAUACUGCCGAUGCAGUCCAAUCGGGAAAUAACAUGAAUGUCUCUGUACCACUCUGCGGUAGCAAUACAGCCCCUACUAACCCACAGGGCGGCCGACCAGACUACGUUUCACCUCAGUCGUGGUCUUUAUGCACAGACAAUUCCAGUCCAGCUUCGGACUCAACACUCGACUUACGCUCAGAUCCCCAAAAUGCGCAAUCUGCCACCAAGACUGAGAGCAAAUUCCCAGAGGAUACUAUCAAUGAUCGAUGUAUUGUCGUCAUACCUCUGCCGUGA